AAAAGCUUAAUGAGAGAGUCCACUGUGAUACUGGUCUUGAAAUGGAAUGACUACGCUGCAGUUAUCUUUUCCUCUGUAACAGUUUGUUUGCCUUAGCAAAUCUCUCUGAAUCCCUGUAUUCACACUGAUACAAAAAAGUGCUGAUAGAAGAAAACUUAAUUUCAGGCUCCAGAUAUCAUGAAGACUAACAGUGCUGCCAGCAGAGGGUUAAUUUGGCUAGAAUUCAUACCUGGUUUAGUCUGAAAAGGAGGAUCUGAAAAACUGCAAACCCCACAGUCGCUCAUUAUCAACUUCUUAAUUCUUUUCCUCUGUAACUCUGACACUGCCAGAGCAGUUGUAUUUGUUUUCCAAGAGGUGCUUAUGGAUUCCCACAUAAGUAUCUGGAAUUGUGAAACCCUUUAAAAUCAUGAUGUAUAUUUUCUUCCUUGUCGACUGUGGAUUCUGUGCUCUACCAUGGUUUUUAAUUUUUACGUCCUUACUCAAAAUACUUGGUCAACUUUACAGCUGGUAGGUCGCUCCCUGUGCAGGGAGAAUCACUGGGAAAAAAGGGAAAUGAGAAAAACUUUUAUUUUAAUUGAGCUGAUCCUGCUGUUGCCAGUGUGAAUGGCUCAGCUUUCACAGCUCUUCCAGGGCAGAAAAGAAAGGACUGCUGAGGAGAGGUGGGCUCUAUCUCAUAAGGAUACCAAGUGCUUCUUUAAGUUUAGGCUUACCCCUUUAGGUAGGAAGGCUUUAAACUAGAAUUAGUGGGAAUUGAUGACAAAAGCAUCCAAUGUUAUCAGUGGAAAGGUGACCAGAGGCAUAGUAACUGUGGAUACAGGGUUUUUAUGAAAAGGAUUAAAUACAGAAAACGAGAUAGUUGAGCAUCGAAGAUGUCUAUACUAAUGCAGGCUGUAUGAAAAUUAAAUGGAAGAACGGACAAAGUUCUGUCUAAGGUUGUGAUUUAGGCAACGUAAAUGUUUAUUUGGUGGGAUAUUUCAUUGGAUAUAAUGAAUUAAUACAGAAAAAAAAAAAAAGUGGAGGUGGGCCCUGAAGAAAAGGGGAGGGAAGAUAACUUUCUCUAUAAAUACUUACCUUUGUAUUGAAGUCUAGAAUAUAGAGGGAGAUAAUCUGUUAAAAGUAUCUUCAUGAUAAUAAAAGGAGAAAAAAGCCCAAGUGCUGUUAUGUUGAGGCCAUACCAUUAAGACCACCAAACCAAAAAGGUUAAGAUGGAAAGAACAUUUUUGUAAACAACUGACAGAAUAGCUUGCCUUGAGAAGACAUAGUUAACCACAUAUUUGUUGGGAAAAAAUAAAUUAAUUAUAGAAUAUCCAGAGUAUUUUUAGACUAGGAUGAUGUCAGGCUUUGAUGCAGAAAGUGAAGGCUAAUCCAAGAAUUUCCUUACAAGGUUUUCAAGAUUUUUAGAAUGGAGAAGGGGAAGAGUAGGAAAAAAAAAGCAACUACAAGGGAUUCAAAAAUCUGCAAAAUCCUGUGAAAAAAAGUCUAGAAAAAAGGUACUCAGGAGUUCAGCAGUUCAUAAAAAAUACAUAUAUUUAAGAUAUAGUUGCAGGCUGUCCUCCUAUGGAACAGUGAAAAGAAAUGCAAUACGUCGCGUAGUCCUCACGGGUCUUCAAGAAGGAAGCAUAACGGAAAUAGCUAGAAUUGUCCCUAGAGAUGAGUCAUCUUGGACUUUUGUGCUUUUUGGAAAGUCCAGAGCACAAAAAUGAAAGACGAGGAGGAAGAACUGUCGAAGGUAAUCAGAUAACCCAAAACUUCCUUAUCGCUUUUGAUAGUAAACAGUAAGUCUACUGAUAAAAGAAAGGACCAUGGAAAAUUUUGAUCCGUGCCCUCCCUGCAGAGAGUAAUAAAUGAUGUCAGUGAAGGUAAAACUUUUACUUAAAACAUCAAGGGCAGCGGGCGGUGGAUAAAACUCAGAUUACGACAGGGAAAACGUGAUCGACAGCUCUUCCACAAGGUACCUGUGUUCAGGGGCCUAUGCCUACCAGCAUUAACACCAAGAUCCUGGAGAGAUGGCUGAAGUUAUCUUUGAGUAAUGUUUACAACUCCGUGCAGUCCCAUAAUGGUCUAGAAACAGGACUAGCCAAGUAACUUUUAAUAAGAAGUCAGCAAAAUGAUACCAAAGAGUUCUAGGGCAAUAAGCUUUACCUCAGUUUUCUAGGAUUACGUAAUCAAACAUGGAAUAUAGCAAGGAAAUGAGGAGGGGGAGGGAAGAAAAAGAAGAGAGAAUUCAUUAUGACCACAGUGUAUUACACAAACCUAGUUUCCUUUUUAUGACUAGCUAGCCAACAUUUAACACGUGUGCCUCAAAAUAAGAAAUCGUAGUCCGUUUUAAAUUAUUUUUAGGGAAGUGUGACGAUGGGUGGAAAACAGUACUUGGAGAGCAGCUAACAAUGAAGCCUAUUGCUAGUUCUUAUUUUCAUAAUGUGGUGGAGUUAGAGAAGAUCCAGAGGAGAGCGACUGGAAUAGAAGAGCUGCCUAAUAGGGAGAGGCUAAAAAAGCCCAGAAAGGGGAACCUGUGUUCGAUGUUGCUCAAAUCCCACAAGGCAGAAAUGUAGGAGGCCUUAAAGGAGCUAGGAGGAGAUGCGUAGGACUCAGAAGUGCUCUUUCUUUUAACCAGCAAGCAGUAAAACUAGGAAGUCAAGGAGUCUCAAGAGGUUCAAAAAAGACUUUUAAGUCAUGGAGUUUUUUCACAGAAUGAAAUCUAAAAGGAAGAGGCUAUUUCCUCUAGUAUCUCUCCUCCAACAUUUCCGUGUGCUUGUAAAGUAGGAAAAGUGUAACCUGGAAAUAGUAGCCAGGCUAUCCUCUCCCUUAUCAUUUCCUAAAGUUCUGGGUAGCUAGGGCCAUUGCAGGAGGGUAAAAUGUAACAGUUCUGUUGCAGCAAGAGUGAUUUAGGCUUGUGAAAACCUUUUUAACAAUAAAUGAUAUCUGUAAGCAGGGAAAUGGGUUGCCAAAGAAUUCCUGGAACCUCAACCGUUUUUGUGGUUGUCACGUAGAUUACACAACCAGCCAAAACUGUAAUUUAAAUAUUAAGUCCUUAGCAUAGGUGAAGGAACUAGCUGACCUCUGCUUUUCUCCCCACUGCCAAAUAUCUGAUGGUUCAGAAUCUCAUUGUCAUGCCUUAGGGUUCAUGUGAUAGAUGAAUAAUGUUAAAUCCGAAUGUGGAAACCGUCAGACCUUUCUGUUAUAGUUUGGUGAAGGAGAGGUUUUGUAUUGCAUCACAUUUCUAGACAGUGGUACUGUGCUAAAUGCCAUUAGUGUUACUGUGCAGAAGAUGAGUCAUUUCCCUGGACUCUGUAACAUAACUGAGCACACAUCAGAAUUAACAUUCUUUUGUUUCAAUGUUUUUCUUGUCUUCUGUGAACGAAUCUAUUUCAGCUUUAGGAAAUGGAUAACCAAGCAUUCGAAAUGCACGGAGAGAGCAUACAAAGUUCUUCAAGAGAAAAAGAGUGGCCAAAGAAAGAGGAAAGAAAGGGCAGCUGGUCCCUAAUGAAAGUCUUUCUAGUUUGUCUACUGGCCUGCGUUAUCACCACCGCAAUAGGAGUGCUGGUCCUGUCUUUGGUCUAUGUAAACAACACCGCCUUUAUAAAAGAGGUGGGUGUGCAAGAUGAAGCUGCAUCUUCCCCAAAACCAGGUGACAAAAGCGUGGAUAUCAAAUUCCAGUUCCUGAAUCAUCUGGGGAAAUCAAAGGUACAUAACUACCCCGGUGGUGAAAUUCAGUGGGCGAGAUUCAGGAAGGAUGUAAAUGAAUAUCAAAGUGAUGAAGAAAUGGAAUUUGGAAAAAGUAUCAAUAACCGUCGCUCCAAAAUGACUUUUGGAACCUUACGGAUCAAAAGCAAAGGGCUUCGGGCUCCCCACUGGCAUUUUAAUGCAAAUGAACACGGCUACCUGCUACAGGGUACUGCCUGGAUUGGAGUCAUUGGUGCAGACGACAGCGUGGUCACCACGUACAACGUCACGGCUGGUCAAGUGAUCUUCUUCCCUCGGAACACUGUGCAUUGGAUAAAGAACGUCGGAUCGGCAGACUGUGUGUUCUUGCUCUUUUUUACAACACACGAAGAACUUCAGACCUUGGAUGUCGAUGACGCGUUUUUCUCUACCCCAGAGGAUAUAGCAGCUAGAGCAUUAAAGCCACAAGGUGGAGUGAACUUCAUCCGAACAUUCAAGAAACAAGCAGAAGAUCAAGCAGUUAACCUCCCAGCAAACUUAGAUGAGCUGGUCCAAAAUGCCACCUACGUGCAGUCUCCAGACAACCUUGUGUGGCAGUACUUCUACAAUCUCAAAGGCUCAGCAGAAUAUCCUUUCCCGGGAGGAAUCUUCCAGUGGGCUCGCUACCGCAAAAAUGGCACGGGACUAAAUGAAACAGAAAAAAUUUUUAGUGAGUCUUUGAACAAGCAUGAAAAUACCCUCACUUUAGCAACUCUCAGGAUAUCCAGCAACGGACUGGGGCAGCCUCAUUUCCACUUCAAUGCUAACGAGAUGGGUUAUGUCAUUAGUGGCUGUGGACAGGUUGGAGUUAUUCUCUCUGGAGUCACCGCCAACUUCAACAUUGGCAUUGGAGAUGUCAUAUUUUUCCCGGUUGGAACCCAACAUUUUAUCAAGAGCGUAUGCGAUGAGGAUUUAUUUUUGAUUCUAGCCUACAGCACAGGAAACCAGCUGGAAACUCUUCGUAUGAAUGACUACUUCCAUGGAACAGCAGAUCAUAUCCUUGCUCAGCUUUUUUUCAAGAAACAGGCUGAGUUUAAGAAGUUCCCGAAGGCUGCCAAAAAAUUAGGCAAAUAACAUCUCUUAGGUGUUAAUGGUUCCACGAUUUUUUUUCACAAUCGUCAUGUUCCUAGCAGUACUUUUUGGUACCUUUCUCACUAUUUAUCCAGAGAUGGUCUGAAAGAAAAGAAGAAUUUGAGGUUAUUAAUUAUAAAAAGUUAUUUUCUUUUUGUAUUUUUAUCAUGUUUUAU